CUACAUGUUGAGCACUGCUGGUCUCUGUGACCCAGCUGGCUCACUGCAUCCUUCCUAAUGGGACACACACUCCACCCACACACACACCAUGAGCUCCAUUCACUGGUAGGAGGGGUUAUGACUCCAGGCUGCCUGUGCGGAACAACCAUUGAUGUUCUCUGGAGCACAGAGUUCUCUCUUCUGUAAGAGCAGCAACACGUCUGCUUCUCCUCUCUACCAAAAGACUUGGAGAAAGCUUGACGGACUUAACGUUAAGUGUGUCGUGCUUCCUGUAGAGGACAAUGUUCUCCACAUCUGUGUGUCCCUCAACUAAUUGGAGUCGUACAGAUAAGACAUUUGGAACCAGUUCUGGUCGGCUUCUGAAUCCAGGAGUGUGAGUCUUGAGGUGAAACUGCUCGGCUUAAGGAAGUGAAGGUGUAUCAGGCCAAGAUGUGGGUUUGCAACAGGGGGAUGAUGAUGCUUCUGACCACGGCGGGGGCUUUCUGUGCAUUCAGCCUCAUGACCAUUGCAGUGGGAACAGACUACUGGCUCUACUCCCGCGGGAUGUGCCGCUCCAAGAACCUGAACGACAAUGAGACCGUCCACAAAAACGAGGAGGUUCUGACCCACUCGGGACUUUGGAGGACCUGUUGCACUGAGGGGAUAUUUCGAGGUGUUUGUAAAGACAUUGAUCACUUUCCUGAUGACGCAGACUACGAGCAGGAUGCUGCAGAAUAUUUACUAAGGGCAGUACGAGCCUCCAGCCUCUUCCCAAUACUCAGCGUGGGACUUCUUUUUCUUGGGGGUUUGUGUGUAGCUGCCAGUGAGUUCUACAAGUCUCGCUACAAUGUCAUUCUCACAGCUGGUAUUCUCUUUGUCUCUGCAGGUCUCAGUAACAUCAUUGGCAUCAUUGUGUACAUAUCAGCCAACUCUGGGGACCCCAGUCAGAGCGACAACAAGAAGAGCUACUCCUACGGUUGGUCGUUUUAUUUUGGAGCUCUGUCUUUUGUGCUGGCCGAGAUGGUGGGCGUCCUGGCAGUACACGUGUUUAUAGAAAAGCACAGGCAGCUUCGCACCAAAGGCCGGCCCUCGCUCAUGAAGCCUCCAGUCUCCCGAAACUCUUCAUCAUACCGCAACCGAUACUACUACAACCACAGCAGACGCUACAGCUACCGCAGCAAUCACAGCACAGCAGACUCAACCUGCCAUGGUUACCAAACAUCACUACUACGUGACCAGGAGCCAAGCAUUUCAGCUGAAUCUAAAGUCACCAUGGUGGCUGGUCUGCCUAUGCCAAUGACGAUGGGCUCAGAGUUUAUGCUGUAUGCCUUAGCUUCACCGCUAAAGAAGAAUAAGAUUGACUUGGGGGUGGAGGACUUGACAACUGCAGCCCUUCACAACACAGACAUGCUGCCGGGAAACUGUGUGUCCAAUCGAAGAACCACUCCUGUCUGAGCAACACAGGGUUGAUAAAGGGCAAAAGACAGUCAUCUCUUGGACCUCUCGACGCGAGCAGAGUGCAGACUUCUUUGUUGAUCAAAUAUUUAUUUCAGAUGCAGACCGGAUCAUUUUUUCUUUGAUUUAUAACAGUAAAGCAGUCAACAAGAGCACAGUUUAAUAUCCAUUCAUUUUGCAGUAGCUUGUGCUGUUGCUAAGGUACAGUUGAUACAGCUGACACCAGAAAUUUACAGGCAUUGUGUAGGAGAGCACAGCCAUGUUUUUCACUUUCUGACAUUUAACUGGACAAAAAUAUUCCGGAUUUUGGUUAUUUAGGAUUGCCAAAUCAUUUAUUUUUGCUUAAUAUUAGAAUAAUGAGAUAUUCUUGCUUUCCUUAAAUUCAGAAGUUUUGUCAUUAAGCUAUUUAGAAAAGCCCAGACAUAACUUUAUAAAUUCUUCUAGGUUAAUUCACAACAUCUGAGUUAAAUGAAGAUACAACUAUGAACAACACUCAAACCCACUGCUUCCUUGUGAGGCGCCAUGGGAAAAUAUAAAAAUCAGCAAAGAUAUCAAGAAGAAAGCACAAGUGUGGUUCUUCCUUGGGUACAGUGAAAGUACUCAAUUCUUUUCUUCAAACAUUUACAUGUAAGUGUUAUGGAUAUAUGAUUCUGUGUUUUCCUCUGUCUCUUUUAUCUGCAUACACACGCACAUACACGCAGCCCCCCCACACACACACAAAUGUUUAUGUUUAUGAAAGCUACAAGCUUUCAUAAACAUAACAUAUUAGAAUGGAGAUAGUCACACAUAAA